AUACAAUUCUCUUAUUUCACUUUCUCCUUAUAUAUUACAACAAGCCACCAUUAAGCGUCUUCAAAUCAAUCUUGAAGAAGAAAAACAUAAGUGUUGGAGAAGGAAACUUGAAUUGUUAUCUUUUUCUGAAUCAAAUUUGUGAAAAAAGAAAGAUGGAGUGUGUUUUGGCUCAUGAGAAAGAUUUGAAUCUCAAGGCAACAGAGCUUAGAUUGGGUUUACCAGGGAGGACAGAUGAAGAAUCUGACAAAGAAAUUGUCUUUAAUGUUAAGAAUAACAAAAGGGCUUUGCCUGAGGAUGAAGAUUGUGAAUCAAACUCCAUUUCUGAUUCCAAAACUCCACCUGUUGCCAAGACACAAAUAGUGGGGUGGCCACCAGUGAGAUCUAACAGGAAAAAUAGCUUUCCAUCAAAGAAAGCAGAUGCUGAGUGUGGGAUGUAUGUGAAAGUUAGUAUGGAUGGAGCCCCUUAUCUUAGAAAAAUUGAUCUGAAAUUGUGCAAGGGUUAUCCAGAACUGUUAAAGGCAUUAGAGAAAAUGUUCAAGCUGAGUAUAGGUGAAUAUUCAGAGAGGGAAGGGUAUAAAGGGUCUGAAUUUGCUCCUGCUUAUGAAGAUAAAGAUGGUGACUUGAUGCUUGUUGGAGAUGUUCCUUUUGAAAUGUUCUUAUCAUCAUGUAAAAGGCUAAGGAUAAUGAAAGGAUCAGAAGCAAGAGGGUUAGGAUGUGGAGUUUGAGAAGAUGAAUAAGAA